AUGAACCUCAAAUUCCUACCAGCCGCCGUCCUCGGCCUCCUGGUCUCAACCACCGCAGCCCAAGACAACAACGCCGACACCACCACUGAUACCGACACAAAUGCCCCCGUCAUAACCGACAACGAGCCCCUCUCCUUCCACCACGCAUCCCUGCUCAAGAAGGAAAACACCACCGUCUACGGCGCCAUCACAAUCACCACGCGCCGCGAGUCCGCCGCUGUCCAGGUCGACGUGUCCAUUGGCGGUAUCCCCGAGGGUGAAUAUCUGAACUACCACAUCCACGCCUCCCGCGUCCCCGACGAUGGAAACUGCUACCUAACAGGCGCCCAUCUCGACCCCCACGGCCGCGGCCAAGAGCCCCCCUGCACCAUCACAGCGCCACAGACCUGCGAAGUCGGCGAUCUGAGCGGCAAGCAUGGCCCCGCGUGGGCGCCUGCAGGCGAGGAGUUCCGCGCGACCUACAGCGAUUUCUUCCUGGCGAAUACACCUGGCGAUGAGGCUUAUUAUGGUGAUUUGUCGUGGGUGGUGCAUGGGUCGAAUGGGGACCGGUUGACGUGUGGCAAUUUUGAUGGGUUUUCCGGGGGUGGGUUUGGGAAUUGGGGUGCGCAGAAGUCGAAGGCUUAA